GAACCCCGGCGGUGCGGGCCCGCAGUGCAGAUUCAGCAGUGUGGCUGAGGCUUGUGCCCUCCGGCUCCAGACCUCGUUCCUCCUGGCGCCCGGCCGGCACUCUUGCCUGCCCCGACCCUCAUGGCGCUGCUCCGACGCCCGACGGUGUCCACUGAUUUGGAGAAUAUUGACACAGGAGUUAAUUCUAAAGCUAAGAGUCAUGUGACUCUCCGCCGGGCAGUUUUAGAAGAAAUUGGAAACAGAGUUACAACCAGAGCCCCACAAGUAGCUAAGAAAGCUCAGCACACCAAAGUACCUGUUCAACCCACCAAAGCAACCAAUGCCACCAAACAAUUGAAACCUACUGCUUCUGUGAAACCAGUGCAGAUGGAAAUAUUGGCUCCAAAGGCUCCUUCUCCUGCACCCGAGGAUGUCUCCAUGAAGGAGGAGAACCUCUGCCAAGCUUUCUCUGAUGCCCUGCUCUGCAAAGUCGAGGAUAUUGAUAAUGAAGAUUGGGAGAACCCUCAGCUCUGCAGCGACUACGUUAAGGAUAUCUACCAGUACCUAAGGCAGCUGGAGGUUCUGCAAUCCAUAAAUCCACAUUUCUUAGAUGGAAGAGAUAUAAACGGACGUAUGCGUGCCAUCCUGGUGGACUGGCUGGUACAAGUCCACUCGAAGUUUAGGCUGCUGCAGGAAACCCUGUACAUGUGCAUCGCCAUUAUGGAUCGGUUUUUACAGGUUCAGCCGGUCUCUCGGAAGAAGCUUCAACUGGUUGGGAUUACGGCUCUGCUUUUGGCUUCCAAGUAUGAGGAGAUGUUUUCUCCAAAUAUUGAAGACUUCGUUUACAUCACAGACAAUGCUUAUACCAGUUCCCAAAUCCGAGAAAUGGAAACUCUAAUUUUGAAAGAACUGAAAUUUGAGUUGGGUCGACCUCUGCCACUACAUUUCUUAAGGCGGGCCUCGAAAGCCGGGGAGGUGGAUGUUGCACAGCACACUCUAGCCAAAUAUUUGAUGGAGCUGACUCUCAUUGACUACGACAUGGUGCAUUACCACCCUUCUAAGGUGGCAGCGGCUGCUUCCUGCCUGUCCCAGAAGGUUCUAGGCCAAGGAAAAUGGAACUUAAAGCAGCAGUAUUACACUGGAUACACAGAAAAUGAAGUGUUGGAAGUCAUGCAGCACAUGGCCAAAAAUGUAGUGAAAGUAAAUGGAAACUUAACGAAAUUCAUCGCCGUCAAGAGCAAGUAUGCAAGCAGCAAACUCCUGAAGAUCAGCACCAUUCCUCAGCUCAACUCAAAAGCCGUCCAGGAGCUGGCCUCACCUCUGCUGGGCCGGUCCUAGGCUGCCAUGGCCUCUGCGGGACAGCUUCCUCCGUCUGUGCGGAUCUGGAACACUUGACUUUGUAGAUAGCCCUCUGCUCUAUUCCGUGGAACCUUUUCUCCAAUCUCUUUUCUAAAUAGAUAGGAAAAAUA